CCUACACUUCAAUUACAGCACUACCACCAUGGAACCACAGCCCUCCCAACCCAACAGCAGCAACCAUGAACAACGCCCAAAUCCCACCAAGCUCCCCAAAACAACCCUCCUCGCCCCAUUCAACCCCGCAAACGCAACCGCAGAAAAGAUCUGCGCAGCCCCAAUAGAAUACACCCAAUCCCUGCCCGGCAAAAACACCCUCACCAGAUUCAUCGACAGCCUCGCACCAUGGUUUCCCGUCAAGGAAGCAUACCUCGCCCCCCUGCGCGAGAUAACUGCCACCCUCUUCACCACGAUCCUGAUACUAGAUGAUAUAGAAGACUCCUCCCCGCUCCGCCGGGGCCAUCCCUCGGCGCACACGCAAUUCGGAACAGCCCAGACCGUCAACGCAGCCACAUACACUUUAAUGACCCUGACUGCAUCCAUCCACCAACACCUCGGGCCCCAGGCCCUGGCAGCCUUUCUCGAGGAGAUGCAGAACUUGGGGAUGGGGCAGGCGCUCGAUCUCCACUGGACCUUUGCGGCAACAUGUCCCACGGUGGAGGAGUACCUGGAGAUGGUGGAUCUCAAGACGGGGAGUUUGUUUCGGUUGGUGGUUAGAUGGAUGAGUGUGGGGGCCAAAGCGGGAGCCGGGGAGGUCGAUGGGGAUGAGGAUAUAUUGGGGGUGGCUACGUUGCUUGGGCGGUAUUAUCAGGUUAGGGAUGAUUUGUUGAAUUUGAGUGGGGAGUAUACUGUGGCGAAAGGUUGGUGUGAGGAUUUGGAUGAGGGCAAGUUCUCGUUUCCUUUGGUUUGGUUGUUGAAGGUGCAGGGGGGUGAGGUCGGGAGGGAGGUUUAUGGUUUGCUUUUUGGUGAGGCCGGGGUGCGGGGGGAGAGAAGGGGGGUGUCGGAUGAAGUCAAGGAGAGGGUGGUUGAGGUUUUGAGGGCUUCUGGGACGCUGGAGGAUACGGGCAAGGUGUUGGAGGAGAUUAUGGAGGAGAUUGUGGAGGUUUUGGGCAGGGUCGAGGGGAGGUUGGGGGUGAAUGCUGGAUUGCGCGGGCUGAUUUCGCGUCUGAGGGUUUGAGAUCCACAACCUGUCCGGUGCGAUUGAUAUCCUAGUCUUGCUGGCGUUGAAUGUGAUGUUCAAAUAUGAUGAAUGUUCGUUCUCGUACCAAGAGACUGGCUCCGAGCGUGGGAGCCAAUCCAUUUUCAUUGACCCAUA